AGACAAUGUAUCAUCUCUUUAGGGAUAGAUACACAGUUUUGUUGAGCGUUCCCUCCCUCCCUCUUGGCGAUUUUGCAGAUUCUGCAUUAAAAAAAUCUCUAAUGUAUCAAUCAGACGAAGACGACGACGAUUUCCUCGCUGCCCUUUGCUUCGAUCAAAGCAAUGGAGGUGAAGAUCCUUACGCAUUUAUACAGACAGAACAGGGGAACCUCUUUCAGGAUUUCGGGUCAUCAUCUGGUGGGAAUCUGCAGGCAGAGCAAGAACAACAAAUUAGACUCCAUUGGAUUUGGAUCAUCACAAUUGGAGAAUGAACAAGUGUGUUGCGGUGUGGUGGAAAUCAAUUCUUCUUCAUCUGUUAAGGAAGAGUUGGAGGAAGAAUGCUCAAGAAAGAGGGGACGAAGUGGAUCAUGUAGCAAGCCAGGAACCAGAGCCUGUCGUGAGAAAAAGAGAAGGGAAAUGCUAAAUGACAAGUUCAUGGAUUUGAGCUCUUUUCUGGAACCUACAAGAACUCCAAAGACGGAUAAACCAGCCAUACUAGAUGAUGCAAUCCGGGUCGUGAAUCAGCUCAGAGGUGAAGCUCAUGAGCUUAAAGAAACCAACCAGAAGCUUCUAGAAGAGAUCAAGACUCUCAAGGCGGAGAAGAAUGAGCUAAGGGAAGAGAAGCUGGUGUUGAAGGCUGAUAAAGAGAAGAUGGAGCAACAGUUGAAAUCUAUUCCAUCACCAGGGUUCAUGCCUCCUCAUCCAGCAGCUUUCCAUCAAAACAAAAUGGCUGUUUACGCCAGUUACGGUUACUAUCCAAACAUGCCAAUGAUGCCAUACUUACUCCCACCUUCGCAGCGUGAUACUUCUCAAGAUCAGCAAAACUGCUCUUUUGCUGCUUGACCUUCCUUCCCGUUUUUUUGGUAUCAUACUAUCAAAAAAAUCACUUUGAACUGUUGGUUUCAUGCAGAUGAUUCUUUCGUUAUCAGUUUUGCAGUAACCUAUUGGGGGUGAUAGAGAAUGUUAUGGCUCUUCCAAGUGUUGAAGCUUAUUCUUAGGUUUCUAUUUUUGAAUAAAUUGUCUGAGAUACAUUUUUUUUGUACGAUUGUCAUUGAUCAAUGUCAAAUAUUUACAAGCUGUUUUAAAAAAUAUA